AUGGCUGACAAUUCGAACAACCCCGUACCGGAGAACUUCAGCGAAAGUGCAGCUUUCGAAGAUGAAUCCAUGGGAUCCAUGGACGAAGAGCCUGUCAUCAGACCGGACUCAUUUUCGUCCACAGUUGGUCCACAAUUCAGUGCCUUCAAUUACAUGUUUGGCCAGCGGGAGUCCUUCAACUUUGCCAGCGAAGGCUCCUCAACAAUCUCCUUUGGUUCGCCGUCCUUUCCUCCCCAACGUCUCACAACAGGAUCUUGCUCUCUCUCCGCACAAUCCAACGCCUCCGACCCCGUUACUCUCCAGAGCCGACCCUUUACGGAUUCUGCUGCAGGGAAGGACAGUAACAUCACAGGCUGGGGAAAGUCAACAUUGGAACCUUCGAACCCUGGCCAAAAUAGGGUAGACCUGGAACAGGGCGCGACCCAAGGAUAUCUACAACUACUCCGGGCAGGCUCGAAAGAUUCUAAUGGCAAUGGCGCGAACGAGGCCAAAUUGGGAGAGAUUAAAACCACACCACUCUUCUCUCAGCAAGUGCGACUCGCAUUGCGUGCUGGCAUUAUGCAAGAUCUGGGACAGGACGACGACCCAUUCCCACAAUUUGGCCUGUUGGGACUGCGCGAAGAAACCUACAACUCCAUCCAUGCCGGCGUGCCAAAGACGCUUCCUGUUGGGCAUAACAUGGUCUUCGCUAACAUGAAUGCACCGUGGUCGACCUUCAUAUGCGGCUUGCAAGGUGCUGGCAAGAGUCAUUCGUUGUCGUGCCUGCUAGAAAAUGCACUCUUGAAUAAUUCUUCCGCAGGAGUGAAUCCGAAACCUUUGGCAGGAUUGGUCUUCCAUUUCGACAAGUUUACGAGUUCGAACAGUACUCAGCUCUGUGAAGCUGCAUACCUGUGUUCUUCAGGCGUCCCAGUCCGAGUGCUUGUCUCCCCAAGCAACUACCACGCGAUGAAUAUCCUUUACCGCAACUUGCCCGGAUUGCCCAUGGGUUGUCCAAAGCCAGAGGUCAUUCCGCUCCGUUUCCGCGAACAGCAAUUGAAUGUCACAAGAAUGAUGACCUUGAUGGCCGUCAACGAAGGAGGACAGUCUCCUCUCUACUUGGAAGUUCUGUACAAAAUUCUCCGAGACAUGUCCAGAGAGAACAAGGGCUCAGGAGGUCUUGACUACAUAGACUUCAAAUCUCGACUGGGGAAGCAAGGAUUCUCGACUGGUCAAAAUAGACCGCUCCGAUUGCGCCUGGCAUUACUUGAAGAAUUCCUGGUUGACCGCCAACAGUCUACGCAGUCGGGCAACAUUCUCGAUAGUGUUUUUCGUUCGGCAGAAGGCAGUCUGACAAUCGUGGACCUCAGCUGUCCUUUUGUCAACGAAAAUGAUGCUUGUGCGCUCUUCAACAUCUGUUUGUCUAUCUUCAUGGAGAACCGAGGAGAUUGCGGCAGAAUUCUUGCGAUGGAUGAGGCUCAUAAGUUUCUCACAAAGUCGGGAGAGGCUGAAAAACUGACGGAGGAACUCAUCUCACUUAUCCGUCAGCAGCGCCAUCUGGCCACCCGUGUCGUCAUUGCCACACAGGAACCUACUCUAUCCCCAAGCCUGCUUGAUCUUUGCAAUCUUUCCAUUGUCCACCGCUUCAACUCACCUGCUUGGUUUCAAAUCCUUGAGGAACAUCUUGCAGGCGCGCGGUUAAGCAGUGACUCGAAGAAGAUUGAACUCUUCGAAGCAAUUGUCGGCUUACGCACUGGUGAGGCUCUAAUAUUCUGUCCCUCCGCUCUUUUGGAUGUCGACGGCAACGACAACGAAGUCGACAGUCUUAAAGACGGCUUCAUCAAGGCUACAAUUCGUUCACGUGUCACUGUUGAUGGCGGAAGAAGCAUCAUGUCUUCAGAUCGGACGAAAGUUAUUGCAGCAGAAGAGCCAGUCAUUGAAGAGCUGCUCCGACCGUUCACUGCCCCCAGAAAAUCGAUCUUUCAGUCGGCGCAGAGAUCAGCACAGGGGCAGGGUGCAGCCUCUUUGCAGACCAGAACGGCCAUGUUUACUAGUCCUGCCGCCUCCACCACCACUGACAUUCAGAACAGACCCAUAACUCGGAGCAAAGCGCGAGCGCGAGCUCCUGAAUCCGGGGCAACACCUACAGCAGCCUCGCCCACUCUUGGAAGUGUUGAUCAGUCGCGAAUUGCUGCCUUCCUAGAGACCGAAGUGACCCGAUCGUUGCUCCAAAAUCCCAGAUGCCUCAACUAUCAAUCAGUGCGACAAGCUGCUGCAAAUACUGCGGGAUUGCCAUUUGCCCACUUCAGUGGGAACCAGAGCAAGAACAUCAUUCGUCAACAGAUGAAGAAACACGUCAAGGCGUACGGUAUCCCGAAGCCAACGACGAAGUAG